CUAUAGCCUUCCCCUGUGUCCUCCCACCCAGAAGUCCGUUCUUCCUACACUUGUCAACCUGUUUUUUUACCCUAAACCCAUAUGAAAGCUGCCCGAAAGUAUAUCCAAGGGCCGUGCACGCCUAGAGAGGUAUAAAUACAUAUGUGAAAAUGGAGUUCAGUUCCGUCAGUGCUUCCGAGAUUUUGUUUAAAGCGCAGCUUACUGCUUCACAAUUUUCGGUGAUAUUCAUAGUAGAAAUCCGUGGCACGACAUGUGUGAUGAAGGUGCAUCACAACCCCGGAAAAGUUGAGCCAGUGCCUCUAGAACGCGAAACAGAUAUUCACGUCUGUGAAGCAACUGCCUACGAAAGAUUGAAGAAACAUGGUCUGUGUAAUAGCGGUAUCAUACCGCAAUUCUACGGCUCAAUAAAGGACCUAGAUUUACGACUCUACCAGCCUCACCUGGAUAUGUUCCUGAAUGACAAAUACCCACCGAGUGCAUUAUUUCUGGAAUACAUUCCUCAUAUGGAAAUGAUACUCCCACAGCACUAUAAUGAAGAACGCGCAACAAAUUUAGUACAUGGCAUACGACAAAUCCACGAAGCGGAUGUUCUGCAUUGCGAUGUGAAACCAAGAAAUAUGAUGAUUAUCAAAAGCGACCCUGGGAGGAUAGUUUGGCUGGACUUUGACAGGGCUCAGACGUACAAUAAAGGGGAGAUGAACGAAAGACAGACACGUUUUAUUUGUGAAGAAGAGAUAAAGGUCUCGCAAUUUACGGAACUCCUUGAAACUGAUUAUGCGCGGAAUUGCAUCCAAGAUACCUAUCUUAUGUAUUGCACAUAA